UGGUGGGAGUUCAAAUGUUGCGCUACUGAAGUUGAUGGUCGUUUUCCGCUGGGCUUUAACGUAUAGGCCUUUUGAUGCUGGAGUCAAAAGGCUUACGCACUCAAGUGUCUACUUGUCACGUCUUCCAGACCACGACUCCAAGGAGCUUUUACAAAAUGCCCUUCGGGAUUUACAUUUAAUUGUAUCUGAAAUAAAACAUAGUCUAUGUCCAGCGUUUCCAGCAUUCCAAGAUUUGCUACGCUAUCAGUUUGAAUCUCAGGGAAAGCUUGUUCGUCCAUUGCUUGUUACUCUCGCCGCAGCGUGCGCAAAUUCACACAUAGAAUGCAACAAUCCAUUUAUUGUAAGAUAUGAGUCAUCUGUAGCAAGCCGUGUUAGGAAUCUUGCAUAUUUAGUCUCUCCCGAACAACAUGAGAUUGCCAAGAUCACCGAAAUGAUCCAUACAGCAAGUCUUAUCCACGAUGACUUAAUUGACUCAGCAUCUGUCCGAAGAGGGAAAACAUCGGCUUACAAAGCCUUUGGACAUAAAGAGGCAGUUUUGGGAGGCGACUUCAUACUGACACAUUCAUCUCGUUUAUUAGCCCAGAUAGGAGAUACUGGAGUGAUAGCUGUUCUUUCUCAAGUUAUUGAAGAUCUCAUUCAUGGUGAAAUGAUGCAGCUUGCACCCAACAGCGAUGAUGAUGAUAGAAGGUUUCAAACCUAUCUGACGAAAACCUACCGAAAAACAGCGAGUCUUAUUGCUAACAGUUGUAAAGCAGUUGCUAUGUUGACUGUUCCAACGCUAUCACAGCGGCACAUUGAUAAUAUGUACGAAUUUGGCAAACAUUUGGGAAUGGCAUUUCAACUAAUCGAUGAUGUGUUGGACUUUGUAACUGAUGAGGCUAACCUGGGCAAACCUAGUGGAGCGGAUCUACAAAUGGGUCUUGCAACAGGACCUGUAUUGUUUGCUGCCCAAAGAUAUCCUGAACUAAACGCCAUACUGCUGCGGCAAUUCAGUUUAGAUGGGGAUACUGAAAGAGCUUUAGAACUGGUUAAACAGGUAACAGUACAGUAUUUGUUCCUCAGAAAUAUUUUUUUGUUUCUGUACUUGCAACUUAUCAGCUUUUUCAUGUUUCCAUUCAAUUUCGAAUCAGAUGCCUGUUGUUCAAAAGAUUGGAUCCACUGUCUAAUGAUAGCUGCUAAUAAAAGUAUUGACUGACAUAAUUGUAGUUAGCGGGGAAGGUAGUAGUAUAACCUUAAAAGGUUAUACAUAUUCCGUUAGAUAUAUGGUUUUAAAAGUAUGGAGGCUUUUUCAUAUCGGUCUCUUCUAUUAUUGCAAAGCAUUUUACUUCUGUUUGUCUACUUGGUGAUUAGGAGUGAGGAUAAACCCUCUUCUUCACAUUUUCACCAUCGUGAUCCGUAAUGGAAGGUGUGUUUCAUUCUUUUUUGUUUUUGCGGGCUUACAUGAAAGAUGUAAAGUUUUCUACAACGAAACUACCCUCCAUCAUGCUACGUUUGUGUCAAGUGUAGUUCACUCAGUCAUGAUAGAAAAAAUUACAACAUAGCAAAAGUCAUGCCUCCAAAUAAUUCUAUAAUAUAAACUAUUACAAAAUAUCUGCAAUUGAAUAACUAAGUAAAUAAAAACGUAACCUUAAUUACUGACUACGAUACACUCAAAUGGCUUGACAACGUGGAGUUUAUAUUCAGCCGUGAUUGCUUAUCGGGAUAGUGUGAGUUAUUGGAAUUAUUAGGUUAUUUAGUCGAAUCUUAUCACAAUUUUACCAUACAAAGCAUCUACAAUAGUUAUUUACACAUUUGUAAUAAAUGUUCAUCAACAUUGGAGUAAAACUUAGUGUUGUUUCACCAAACCUAAAAUUUUGAUUGCAUUUUACUCUGAGUACAUUCUUUCUCAAUUUGUCUUGCGUGCUAGUUAUUAUAAAUUAUUUUUUCCGUUCUAGUAUCUUCAUUAGUUUUUACUACACUAAUCUAUGGAGAACUUAUACCACACGCUAAUUUGUCACGUAAUACAGAUUAAUAAUUACUUUUCUUGUUUAUAAAUUACUGAGCUACUCAGAUUAAAGUAGAUAAGACGUGUGAUCAAAGAGUUGACAAUUUAAUUUUUACAUUCACUAAGCUAUAAUCGCACGCUGCCAUCGUACAUCAAAACACAAUCUAACUUCUACUAGUUUAACCUAGCAUAUGUUCCAAAUCUAGAAAAUGCCAUGUCAAUAUUUCAUUAAACAACUUGACUUUUCUGCAUAGAAAAAACCAGGUGAUAUUUUUUUAUUUCUACUUAAAACGAAGUACCUAGUUGUAAACAUAUAAAUAUUUCUGCACAACCAUUUUCAACAGUACAUUGUAUGACGCUAGGCUUUUAGUAGAUGAAUCUUUACUGUCAAAAGUUUAACCCUUAUUGGUUUUACUUCUAACGUUUUGUUUUUAACUACGAUCACUAAUACUAUAUCAAGGUUUGGGAUAUAGACAAAUUUAAGAUUAGCUGUAUUGCAAAUUUGUCAUUUUCUUCUCUAUCCAACUAUUCACAUCUAAAAAUUCUUUAAGAAAUUACACUAUCUCAUUACCAGUACUAUUCAUUUGUGAUGACUUUAAUUCGAUAGUCUAUAUUUUGUGACUUUACUCUCGUAAUAUAGUUUUUCCUGGUCAACUUUUGUUUUACUUUUGUUGGUUGAUGAUUUGCAGUCCGAUGGAGUUGGUCAGACUCGGAUGUUAGCUGAAUUUCAUUUCCAGGCAGCUCAAAGAUGUUUAUUUCAAUUCAGGGAUUCUUUAUCAAGAAAGGCUCUUUUACAUGUUGCAGCGAAUUUCCUACAACGUGAUCGAUAAAAUCGUAUUUCCUCUAGUCAAAUCUUAUUUUACCCACCUUUCUAUUUGUCUGUUUAGCCUUAAUUUUGAACAAUUUUAACUGUUUCUUUUUCCUGGUUUACAUUCACAAUACCUAAAAAACGGUACAUUACACUUAACUAAUAGAUAUUUAUCCUAAUUUGUAUUUUCAGUCUAUUCUUAUUACUUUGUUAUCUAGUUUAGACAUUAAUAUGCAGAAAAAGAUACUUCCGUGAUAUGUUUAAAUCGUUUGCCUUUGUUGAUAUAUUAGUAUUAGUCUGUAACUUAUUUCGAUAACCGCUCAACCAGAUUGCUAUUUUUUUUAGAACUGGUCUUUCAGCGUUUGUUCCUAAAAAUAACAUAUGUCAAAUAUAUAUCUGUUGUAAAGAGCUCUUUUGGGCUUUUAUAUAUCACUAUAAAAAACAAAUAACACUUAA